AUAGAGUGCCAUCUGAGAGGUCAGAUAUGUUUGGCACAUGCAUUCAGCAAAUUCAAGACUGUCUUUAAAUGUUGGUGCAAAACAAACAGCUUUGCUACCUCCAAGAGAAUCAAUUGCGGAUAACAAUGAUAACAAAAGGUAACGGUGAAUAAGAAACAAUUUGGUUUAAUUUUGGAGCUGAAGUGAUGAUAAGAGUUUCUUUGUCGCAUUGAUGAGGUAAAACUUUCCCUCCUUAGCUACUACCUUUUUGGCAUUUUGGCAACCAUUUACAAAUUGAGCAUAAAGGAAAGAGCUGAAAGUGUGCCAACUUUUUUCCUUAAAGAUUCCUUUGGUAUCCCACCCUUCAAAAUACCUUUGUAGUUUAUGAGAGAAAAAAGUGCAGAUUGAACAAAACUUGAGGUAUUUGCCUGCAGUUUUUUCCCCAUAGAUCUAAUCUAAGUAUCUUCUUUCAUCAGUUCUUGCAUUUAUUUUUGGCCUUGAGGCAGUAAGUAUAUUCUGAGUCAAUGAUCAUGGAUAAAGCAAGUAAGCAUCAAAUUUGUUCCAAGCUAUGUUCCAAUUUAAGCACUUUCCCAUCUAUCAUUAUGGUUCUUGUUCUGGUCUCAUUUUAUAUUUUCUUUUCAAUUCCUAAAUCCUUCCCUUUCCUUCUUACAAUACCAAUUGCCCUUUUAUCUACCAUGUUUAUUGUCACACUGACAAAGACAAAAGGGUUUCAAAAUGAAAAUCAAUUCCAAGAUGAGCAGCAGAAAGAGGAGCUGCACCCUUCGCUUGAUGUCACUCACACUGAGGUAAAUCAACAAAGUGAACCUGAUGAGAAUCAUGAGCAGCAAGCUGAACCACAUUCAGACUAUUCAUUUCCAACAGAUAGUGAAAGCAGCAAUUUCUCAAUCAUGGAUGGAACUUUUGAGCUCAAUGUUCAAGAGCAUAGGCUACAAGAAGAUUUGCAAUCAGAUUAUUCACUUCCAUCAGAUAGUGAAAGCAGUGAUGGCUCAAUAAUGGGGGGAAGUUUUGAGAUGGAUCACAUUGGAAAUCAAAAUGAGGAUAUUAUAUCUGCUAGCUUGGAUUCUGAUGAUGAUUAUGAGGAAGAUGAGGAUGAGGAAGAGGAUAGCUUGAUUGAAAUCAACCUUCCAAGCAGCCACUUCUCUGACUUGAUUGAAGAUCCUAAGCAAAAAUUGCAAUCCAAGUUGUCAGAUUCCAUUUUCAAGCAGCAAGGCCUAAUGGAGUUCUUAGCAGAUAUUAAUGACAUGAUUGAGGAUGAAAACUUGAUUGAGAUUGAUAUUUCCAUGGGAUCCAUCAAUAAUCCAGAUUUCAGAUUGAAGCAGGAGUUGGCAUAUUUUCAAGAUGAAUGAGCUCUUAGUAUUUUAACUCUUUUUCUUCUUGAUGUUGAUGAAGAUUUUGUGCUCACCUAUAUUAACUUGGCAUUUUUAUUCAAUGGACUUGCUAGACGCAAGAUUAUGUUGUGUUCCU